ACCAAUGAGCUGUCAGCGUCGCGGCCCCGCCUUCCCGGGUGCGCCAGAUACCCCUCGGCAUGUCGCUUCGUCUCUCCGUACGGCUUCUACGGUGUGCAUUAGGGGCCCGGUUAUCGCCCAAGCCUGCCGCUUGUUACUGCACUUCAGUGGUAUCGGCAAAAGUGCAAGUUAAUGGGGUCGGCCUACAUUACCAGCGCGCGGGAUCGGGAGAUCACGCUAUUCUGCUGCUUCCUGGGGCUUUAGGAAGCAGUAAAACAGAUUUUACCCCACAGCUCUCAUCCUUGAAUAAAAGGCUCUUUACAGUCAUUGGGUGGGAUCCUCGGGGAUACGGAUGCUCCAUCCCGCCAACACGAGACUACCCUCCAGAUUUUUUUGAAAGGGAUGCAAAAGAUGCCGUAGAUUUAAUGCAGGCUCUCAAUUUCAAGAAGUUCUCUUUGCUUGGCUGGAGUGAUGGUGGCAUAACUGCACUUAUAGCAGCGGCGACAUACCCUUCCCUAAUCAACAAACUUGUUAUCUGGGGAGCCAAUGCCUAUGUGUCUGAAGAAGACUUACGACUUUAUGAUGCUGUAAAAGAUGUAUCAAACUGGAGUGACAAGAUGAGGAAGCCUAUGGAGGAUCUUUAUGGAGAAGAGUACUUUGUCAAGACAUUUAAAGCAUGGGUUGACUCUAUGAGUAAUUUUGCUAGCAGACCUGGCGGUAAUAUUUGUCAACACCUUCUUCCCUUCAUUGAGUGUCCAACUUUGAUCAUCCAUGGACUGAAGGAUGCAAUGGUCCCACUCUUUCAUGCUCACUUUUUACACCAGCAGAUAAAAGAUUCAAGGUUGCAUAUAAUGCCAGAUGGCAAGCAUAAUCUUCAUCUACGCUAUGCAGAGGAAUUCAACAGACUAGUAGAAGAAUUUCUUUUGGCAACACAGUAGUAUUACACAGCCAAAGGCUAGGCAACUGCUUGAUCCAUUUUAUAUAAUUAAUAGCUGAUGUAUUUUUUUUUUAAUUGGGACUGAAUAUGAAUUUUGUUUGGUUUUUUUUAUGUUGAAUUGAUAAUGUUUAUGUUCUCCUUUUUGAGA